CAAGAACAACUGCUCAAGUGUUCUUCCACAAUGGCUUUGGUUCCCAAGGUGCAGUGGGCACAGCGAGCAGACAGACUAUACCUUACAAUCGAUCUGCAGGAUGCCAAGGAGCCAAAGGUAGACAUUAGCAACGACGCAGAAGGAAAAUUUGGUAAGGUGACGUUCAAGGGAGAGGGCAGGUCGCAUGCCACCGGAGCAGAGAAGCACCAGUACUCGCUGGACCUUGAUCUGUACAAGGGUGUGGACCCAGAUCAAAGCAAGAUCAGUAUCAGUGAUCGCAGCAUCUUCCUAGUUGUCAUGAAAGCUGAAGACGCCAGCGAGCACUGGCCACGCCUUCUUCACAACAAGGGCAAAGUUACCAACAUCACGGUGGACUGGGACAAGUGGGUGGAUGAGGAUGAAGAAGAGGAAGGGGGAAAGAAGGAGGACUUUGACAUGAGCGACCUGCAGAACUUCCAGAACUUUGGAGGUGGAGCGUUCGGAGGCGGCAUGGGUGGAGGCCUCAGCGGCAUUGGCAAUGUGGAGGCUGUGGAAGAUGAUGGCGAUGACAGUGAUGAUGAUGAUGAUGAUGAGAUGCCGCCGCUCGAAGCAGAAAAGUAGAGAGUGCACCCUGCCUCAUGCCCAGUCUCAUCUGGGGACACCGUCUGGCAGCCUAGGAGUGUCAACUAGCUACAUGAUGUGGGUGGAAUGCAUCGCGGUGCUUCUCACUGUGGCAUCAAGGCAGCCAUCUGGCACUGUGGAGUUGUCAAUUUGCAGCUUUCAUAUAAAAAAACACUUUUGAACCUGCUUAAUCAGUGAUUUGUCAUUUGGAGUGUCACGUAUAGCCCAGCAACUCCAGUUGUUUGCAUCUGCAUGGAACGGCGGCAAUCUAUAGGUAGCAGGCUGCCUUAUAUUUCCAAAAUCAAUGCUGUAAUGUCAUAGUUGUAAGAAUGGGACUCACUCAUAUACUGCUUGGUAUGGAUGGGACCUGAAUAAAUAUAUAUAUAUAUAUAUAUAUAUGCGCAUGCCAUCAGGUGCUUCAAGUUGCAGGUGCCAGGUACAACCAGAGUCGCCAGAGGUAAACUUGUCUUUUCGUUUU